AUGACGAUUCCACGGCGCGAUCGCGCUUACCGCCGGAUGUCAGGCGCCUCUCUACUCGCGCUAGCCAUUCUCGCAUCCUCGCUAUCGCUCGCACCGCAUGCGUCGCACGCGACGUCGUCUGCCAGUCGCACCAGCAGCGUCGAAGCGUCGUCCCUGCGACCCUCCGGCUUCCUACCCGCCAUUAACUCCCUUCUAUCACAGCGCACCAGCACCCAGCGCGAGCGCCUCACGUGCAAGCAUGAGCUGGAGCAGCUGCGACAAUGGCACGCCGCCACGUUUCACAUGCCAGCUGGCGUGCACGGGGAUAAUCCAGCUGGCAGGGGCGCGGAAGAUGACACGAGCAUGCAGAAUGGCAUGGGCGGCAUGGGCGGGAGGAGGCAAGGCGUUGAGGAGACGAGGGAAGGCCAAUUGGAUGGGUGGAAGCAAGGGGAUGAGGGGAGCAGCGGCGGGGAGAGCAGCGGCAAUGAGAUUGCGGCAGGGGUGGAUGAAGAAGCGGCGCCCUCAAGGCGUGCAGGAGGGGCGGAGGAUGUGUGGGGUGCUGCGGCGAGGGUGGGCGGGCAGCGCGCACUGCUGGCGGUGGGCGGGGUGGGGUGGCGCAAGAAGCUGCGGGAUCAGAUGGGACGACUGGCGCGCAUGGACGCUGAGAUGGCGGAGAAGAAGGCGAUGGAGAGGGCGAGGGCAGUGGUGGCAUCGUGCACGGGCAUGGGCAUGCUGCUCUCACACCCCGCACACGUGUGGAAGGCGUACGCGUGUGAGGGCAGUGAGGAGGAGCUGAUGCAGUACCUGGACUACAAGCCGCGCCACAUGUGCCCCGACGACUGGCUCGACACGCAGGCGCUGCUCUUCCACCGCCACUGCUUCGCCCUGCCCAUGCGCCGCUGCCUCUCCCGCACACCAGCUGCCCACGUCGAGCCCAUGCCAUUCCCGCAAUCGCUCUUCUCGCAGCUGACCCUGCAGGACACAGCAGUGCGGUGGCAGCACCACGCGUGCAAGUCGUUCCACUGCCUCAACAGCAACAGCAAUAGCAACGGCAUGGCGGGCAGCGAGUGCGCGCAGUGCUUCAACAUGAGCGUGCAGAGCAGGCGAUGGCAGUCGCGCUUCCGAGGGGCGCUCUCCGUGCAGGACGUGGUGCGGUGGAAGCAGGGCGCUCUCAGGGUCGGGCUGGACGUGGGAGGUGGCACGGGCAGCUGGGCGGCACACAUGGCACGAUACAACGUGACAGUUCUCACCACGGCUAUUAAUGCGGAGGCACAGGGCACGGGGCGGACAUCAAUGCAGGCGCAGGGCACCCCAUACAUGGAGACAAUUGCACUGAGGGGACUCAUUCCCCUGCACGUGCCACACUCACAACGGCUACCACUUUUCGACAACACAGUGGACAUCAUCCACUGCGGCGCCACCUGCAUGCUCUACCUCCCUCUCACCCCUCUCCUCCCCUGGGAGCACAUGCUCUUCGAGUGGGACCGCGUUCUGCGAGUGGGCGGCGUGCUCUGGCUCGACUCUCUGCUGCUCCCCCUGCGAGACUUGCCGCUGUAUGUGGCACUGGUGGACGGGCUGGGGUACAAGCGCCUGCACUGGCACAUGCUGCCCAGGGGUGGCGUGGGGGAGGAGAGUGACGGGAGUGUGCAUGUGCAGGUGAAUGCUCUCUUGGAGAAGCCGGUUAGGGUGGACCCUAAGAAGGGGUGGCUCAUGCGCUGA